ACGUGACGCGGGCGGACGCGCGGGAGCCGAUUGUCCGUUGCCGUUGUUGUCGUCGCCGCGGUUCUGUGUGUGGGGAGGGGAGGGGGGGGGGGGGAGAGAAUCACGAUGGUGAUCGCGAACCGGAACGACGUGUCGGAGCCAGCCGACUCUGAGGACGACGUCUUGAUUGAAGAUUGCCUUCCUCCUCUGCAGUACUCUCCUGCAAAGCGUAUAUCACCCGCAAAACGCAAGCAAUAUUACAUCAAUCAAGCAAUCCGUAACUCUGAUCUCAUUCCCAAGGCAAAAGGCCGAAAAAGUCUGAGGAGACUUGAGAACACUCAUUAUUUGAUGAACCUCGUGGAGAAAGAGGAAUGCGUCAAAGAUGUAGACCAGGCAGAUCCAGCUUCCCCAACAAUUUUCACAGAGGCUUGUUGUAACGAUGACUAUAUUGAGAUCUGGAAUGAUUUUAUGAACCGUUCUGGUGAAGAGCAAGAGAAGUUUUUACAUUAUCUGGAAGAAAAGGCAAUGAAGAAGGGCAAAAGGAAAGCUUGCUCAAAUUCCCAGGAUACCAAAGAAGAGCACUCACGUUGCACGGGAAAAGAGCGUUUUCAGAAGAUUGACCGAAGAUUGCGUUUUGCUCUAAGACGUCGUCAGAUCCCCAUGGGUAUCCUAGAAUUUUUGGAAGAGGAGUUGACCGGAUUCUUUGCCAUAAAACCACAAUCUGUGUACAAGGCAAUGCUGGAAAACAGCUAUGAGAGGUUGUUGCUUCAUGCUCUGUGUCAGUAUCUGGAUCUCAUCUCACAAAGUUCUGACUGCAAUGGAAAAAGACAGACUGAGGUUAGCAACAAAGGCACAGAUUUCCAACCCCCAGUACCACUAUUAUCUGUCUACCUGGAACAGCAGAGUUGAUUGGUACAAAGUCUGUCCAAUUCUAGCUGAUCCGUAAAUGUUGUGUGAACAUAAUCAGCUGCAGCCAAGACUUGUGUGAAAAACAUUUUCCCUGUUGUUCAGUCACAAAUUUAAAACACCAUGGUUUCUGAAUUAAAAUAUUAGUGUUUUUAUCUGUAGUUUUGCACUUCUUGAAGUCAAAAAACAUAUUUCCCACAAAUUUAUUUUGCUAGUCUUUCUCGUUUUCAAAAUUGAAAUUGCUUUCGGCAGAUAAGUUUGUGAUUUGAAUGUGCAAUUGAAUAUUCUGAUCAUUUUAUUUAAAUAUCACAAUUUCUGUUGCCCAUCCUAUUUUUGCCCUGUCUUAUCAAAGUUGCCUUGCAUUGACGAUUCCUUUCAUCCAACAUGUAAACCAGGAAGAAUCCUUAUGUGUAAGAGCAAUUCGGGAAUUAUAGCUUCCUAAUUACCUCCCUGGCUUCCACAGACCAGGGUUGGAAACGGAUAUUAGUUAGGGAAUUACAGCAUAAAUUGUGUUUUGUUUCAAAGACAUAAGGUUGCUAGAAAAUAAGUUUUAAAAUGUGUGUGUGUGUGUGUGUAGCAAAUUUGGCUAAAGUUGUGUAAGAAAUUUAGACAUCGUGGAAAAUAAAUGAAUUGACGUAGGAUUUGAUCUUAUAAAGAUUUGAUUUUAAACUUUUACUUGUGAAAGGUCUUUCUAUUUUGUGUGCAUCUUUAAAGAAAAAAAGUUGGAAUUAAAUGGUAUUAUGUUGGUGGUAUUUUGUGAAUCGUGCUGUAUAAAUAUUGUUACUCAGCCAUGAUUGAAUGGCGGAGUAGACUUGAUGGGCCAAAUGGCCUAAUUCUACUCCUAUCACUUAUGAUGAUGUCGAUACUUCGGAACACUUGUUUCAGUUUACCAUGGUAUGAGAUAAUUACCAGAGGUUUUUAGAUGUUAAAGGCAAUGCUGUCUUAUUUUAUGCGGUCUGUGCUAUUUAAUAAAGUUUGUCAAAAUAA